GGGACUCCAGAAAGGUCUAUGACGACCCCUCCGUUCAUUCAGACAUGUUCUGUUGGAUUUCCUUCUUAUUUCUCGUGGUCGGGGGUCCGGUUCAUGGUGGACCUCUUACGGACCCCCACCCCAACAUCACAGACCAGGAGCUGUUCUGGGGCUCCGACCAGUACGACUUUGCCGUGGUGCUGCGUGCGUCUGGGAUGGAGUGUUUCUGGCACUUUGCUCACCGUGGAGAGACUUUCUACCUGAACUUCAUGGUCCAGUGGGUGACGGGAGUCGGCCAUGACAGACACCUGUCAGUACACGUCAACGCUCCCAGCGGUCUGCUAGUGUCCAAGGUCGAUGAUGCAAAGGGUCAGAUCAGCUUUGAGGCAACAGAAACAGGUUUCUAUCAGAUGUGUUUCAGUAACUUCCACAACCGCUUCGGGACCAUGCAGAUCUUCCUCAGCUUCGGCGUUUACUACGAUGACUUCCAGGACCCGUCCAAGCGCCUGGAGGAGGAGAAGAAGAAGAAAGAGGAAGUCAGCAAAGACCUGAACAACACACUGAGUGUUAUAGAGGCCUCGUGUCACAAACUGGAGAACCGCGUCUUCCACAUAUUCCGCUUCUACACCUUCGGCCGCAUGAGGAAGAGCGCCGACUACUACCUGCUCCGGUCCAACUCCCAGUACAUCAGCUGGUGGUCGACCGCCCUCAGCCUCCUCAUCGUCACCUCUGGGUACCUGCAGCUCCUCUUCCUCAAGAGACUCUUCAUCACCAAGACGAGCGCUGAGGUCGAGAAGCCCCGCUGCUGACGGGACAGGAGGGGGUCCACGAAACAAGGAAUCUGUGUGGGUCAUUAUUCUCUGGUGUGUUAUUUGUGUACGUCUUUAUGAAGUAUAAAU